CGCGCGCUCACACACACACACACACACACACACACACACACACACACACACACACACACACGCGCAAAAACGGAUACCUCAAAACGGAAGGAUGUGAAAAAGGAUGGAGGGACGCACGGAAAGAGGGGGGAAAGGCUGGUGAAAAACAGCACCCUCUCUUUGCGCCGUACAUAUCUGCCUCCCCCCCUCGGCAGGUUGCCAUGGUCGCCAUACCGACUCUCUCUCUCCUACUGGUCCUGGCGGAGUGGCGAGGCGCGGCGGACGCCUCGCCCCACCUGCUGCUGCGGCCCAGCCCGCGGGAGCGCGACGCGGGGGCAAUGAUGAACUUCAACAUCGCCGUCAUCCACGCCGGCGCCACGGUGCUGGCGGAGGCGGCGCUGGCCGGCCCCGGCAGACGGGUGCUGUACCCCGGCUUCGGCCGCGUGUACGGCUCCCUGGGGGAGAGCGUGGUCACCCAGUGGGGCUCCGCCAACGUCAUCUGGCUACAGGUGAACGACAGCAGCCCGAAGACGGUGCUGUCCCAGCUGUGUGAGCUGCUGGCCGCGCGGCCCCUGCAGGGUCUGGUUUAUGAAGAGGAGAGGCCCCCGCGCACGGCCUGGGGUCCUCUGGCCCCCAUGCUGGAGUUUGUGUCGGCGCAAACGGGACUGCCCAUAGUGGCUGUAGGAGGGGGAGCGGGGCUGGGGAGGAUGCCACAGGAAUCGGGUUCCAUCUUUCUCCAGUUCAGCUCCUCUACGGCCCUCCAACUGGAGGUCAUAUUUGAGGUGCUGGAGGAGUACGACUGGACCGCCUUCUCCGUGGUGUCCACGCGUCACCACGGCUACCAAGAGUUCCUGUCGGUGGUGGAAGGCCUGACGGACGGCUCGUUCAUCGGCUGGGAGAAGAAGAGCGUGGUCAUCCUCAACGUGACCGACGAUCCCGGCGGCGCGCGCACGCGCAGGCUGUUGAAAGAGAACGAGGCGCAGGUCCGCUUGCUGUACUGCUCCCAGGAGGAGGCCGAGCUGGUGUUCCGAGCGGCCUGGGCCGCGGGUCAGGCCAGCGCCUCGCACAUGUGGUUCGCCGUGGGGCCGGCUCUCUCAGGUUUAGGCAUGGAGAGCCUGCCCAGGGCUCUGUUUGCCGUGCGGCCCCAGGGAUGGAGGGACGAGCCCCGCCGGAGGAUCGCGCGAGGGGUCUCGGUGCUGACGCACGGGGCCGUGGCCAUGCGCAAGGAUUACGGGACGACGGGCGGGCCCAACUUUGUCACCAACUGCGCCGCGGAUGCCAAUCAGACACAGAGAAUGCGGGGCAGGAUGAGGUACUUCAGUAACAUUACGCUUGGUGGCCGAGAUUACUCCUUCGACGCUGACGGCUACCUGGCCAAUCCCUUCCUGGAUGUCAUUUCCUGGACACCUGGGAGAGGAUGGGAAGAUGUAGGCUGGUGGGAGAAUGGCGUACUGAGACUGCGCUAUCCGGCCUGGUCCCGCUAUGGGCCUUUCCUUAAACCUCCAGACGAUGCUCAGCAUCUGCGUGUCGUCACGCUCGAGGAGCGACCAUUUGUCAUCGUGGAGCUGGCAGACCCCGCGUCGGGAACUUGCAUCCGGGACUCGGUGCCCUGUCGGCGGCCUCUCAAUGCCAGUAGCGCCAAUCACGAGGGAGUGGCUCCCAUGAAGCAAUGCUGCAAGGGCUUCUGCAUCGACAUCCUCAAGAGAUUGGCCAAGAUCGUCGGCUUCACCUAUGACCUCUACCUGGUGACCAACGGGAAGCACGGCAAGAAAAUCGACGGCGUGUGGAACGGCAUGAUCGGAGAGGUGGUAUACAAGCGGGCAGACAUGGCCAUUGGCUCUCUGACGAUCAAUGAGGAGAGGUCCGAGGUUGUGGAUUUCUCUGUCCCUUUUGUGGAAACGGGGAUCAGCGUCAUGGUCUCCCGUAGCAACGGAACUGUAUCGCCAUCUGCUUUCCUCGAGCCCUACAGCCCAGCGGUGUGGGUGAUGAUGUUCGUCAUGUGCCUGACCGUGGUGGCUGUGACUGUCUUCAUCUUUGAGUUCUUCAGUCCUGUGGGCUACAACCGCAGUCUACAAACUGGCAAGAAGGCCGGCGGGUCUACUUUCACGAUCGGAAAGUCUGUGUGGCUUUUAUGGGCCAUAGUCUUCAAUAAUUCCGUGCCGGUGGAGAACCCCAGAGGAACAACGAGCAAGAUCAUGGUGCUGAUCUGGGCCUUCUUCGCCGUCAUUUUCCUGGCCUCGUACACCGCUAACCUGGCCGCCUUCAUGAUCCAGGAGGAGUACAUUGACACGGUGUCAGGGCUCUCCGACAAGAAGUUUCAGCAUCCCGAGGAGCAGUAUCCGCCGCUGAAGUUCGGCACGGUGCCCAACGGCAGCACGGAAAAAAACAUCCGCUCCAACUACCCGGACAUGCACCAGUACAUGGGCAAAUACAACCAGAGAGGAGUGGAGGACGCCAUUCUCAACCUCAAGACCGGGAAACUGGACGCAUUUAUUUAUGACGCUGCAGUGUUGAACUAUAUGGCCAGGAAGGACGAAGGUUGUAAGGUGAUGACCAUAGGCUCGGGGAAGGUUUUUGCCACCACAGGCUACGGUAUCGCCCUGCACAAAAACUCACGCUGGAAACGUCCUCUCGACCUGGCCCUUCUGCAGCUGGUGGGAGAUGAUGAAAUUGAAAUGCUGGAGCGCCUUUGGCUGUCAGCCUACUGGUUUUUGCCUGGGAGCACUUGGUCUACUGGAAGUUGCGCCAUUGCAUGGCCACCAGCUCAGGCAAACUGGAUUUCCUCCUAGCCAUCAGCAGGGGCAUGUAUAGCUGCUGUAGCUUUGAAGAUGAAACAGCACCAGGGGGUGCUAAAUCAUUGAGUUCUCAUCACCACACGGCUCUGGUUCCCGUCCCAUCCCAAGCACACGUUAU